AUGGCAGAAGAAAAUCAUUUUACAGUGACUGAGUUUAUACUGGCUGGAUUAACAGACAAACUAGAGCUCCAGCUGCCCCUCCUCCUCUUCUUCCUAGGAAUCUAUGUGCUCACAGUGGUGGGGAACCUAGUCAUGAUCACACUGAUUGGGCUCAGCUCUCACCUGUACACACCAAUGUACUACCUGCUCAGCAGUCAGUCCUUCAUUGACCUCUGUCAAUCCACUGUGAUCACUCCCAAAAUGCUGGUGAACUUCAUGAUGGAGAAAAAUACCAUCUCCUACACUGAUUUCAUGACUCAACUCUACUUUUUAAUUUUUUUGUUUUUGUUUGCAAUUGCAGAGUGUUAUAUGUUGGCUGCAAUGGCAUAUGACUGCUAUGUUGCCAUCUGUAAGCCCUUGCUUUACAAUGUUACCAUGUCUAAUCAAGUCUGUUCUUGGUUAGUAGUUGGUGUGUAUAGCAUAGGUAUGAUGGGUGCCACAGCUCACACAGCCUGCAUGCUAAGAGUGCUUUUCUGUAAGGAUGAUACAAUACACCAUUACCUAUUGGAGCUCUCUUGUUCCAGUGCUUUUAUAAAUGAAGUAGUUGUUCUGUGCUUAAGUGCAUUUAAUAUCUUUGUUCCAACCCUGUCCAUCCUAAGCUUCUACAUCUUCAUCAUAGCCAGCAUCCUGCACAUUUGCUCCACUGAGGGCAGAGACAAAGCCUUCAGUACAUGUAGCUCCCACGUCUCAGCUGUUCUUCUCUUCUUUGGUUCUCUAGCAUUCAUGUAUCUGAAACCAUCAUCAGUCGGCUCCAUGGACCAAGGGAAAGUGUCCUCUGUGUUUUACACUAUUAUUGUGCCUAUGCUGAAUCCUCUGAUCUACAGCCUAAGGAAUAAAGAUGUCAAAAUGGCCAUAAGUAAACUUCUUGGAAAUAGAAGUUUGUGA